AUGUUCAACUUCACGCCGCUUCUAGGCGCACAAUCCGCGUCGAUCGCAUCGCAAUCCUUGCUGGAAUUGGACGGAGGAGUCAAGAUACUGGUCGAUGUCGGUUGGGAUCCCGCAUUUGAUGUGAAGACACUCCAGGCUUUGGAAAAGCAUGUUUCAACACUCUCUUUGAUCUUAUUGACCCAUGCGACAAUCGACCACAUCGGCGCGUAUGCGCAUUGCUGCAAACACAUACCUUCAUUCAACAAGAUUCCAGUAUACGCAACUACACCAGUCAUAAAUCUUGGACGGAAUCUCCUCACCGACCUCUACUCAUGCGCACCACUUCUGACCUCGAUUCUGCCAUCCUCUGCUAUUUCUUCAGCUCUUGUCUCGGAUUCAACGGAUCCUUCAUCGAAUAUCCUUCUUUCCUGUCCGACUGCCGAAGAGAUUGCAUCAUAUUUCCAUGCCAUAAACCCUCUGAAGUACAGUCAACCUCAUCAGCCAAUCCCUUCGUCUUCCUCGCCGCCUGUAGGCAAUCUCACCAUCACUGCUUACAGCGCUGGUCACACACUUGGAGGGACAAUAUGGCAUAUUCAACACAGUCUCGAGAGCAUCGUAUACGCUACCGAUUGGAAUCAAGGACGAGAGAAUCUUCUAUCAGGAGCAGCAUGGCUUGGAGGUGCAGGUGCGGAGAUUAUUGAGCCUUUACGUCGGCCUACCGCUUUGGUUUGCAGCUCACGAGGGGUUCAAAAGAGUGAGACGGUAUCGCGGAAAAAGAGGGAUGAGCAGUUGGUGAGCCUGGUACGCGACACUAUUGCUCAGGGCGGCAAGGUUCUGAUCCCGACAGAUUCGUCGGCAAGGGUGUUGGAAUUGGCGUUUGUGCUCAAUCACACCUGGAGGGAGAACAUCAGCGGACCUCAUGGAGCGACAUAUAAAGAUGCCAAAGUCUUCAUGGCUAGCAAGACGGGCGCCAGCACAAUCAAGCAGUUGCCGAGUAUGCUGGAAUGGAUGGAUGAUGCCAUUAUUCGUGACGCUGAAGCCGCCAUGAAUAAGGACAAAGGCGAUGACAAGGUCCUGAACUUACUAGACUGGCCGUAUGUGAAACGCAUCGAACGAAGGAGUCAGCUUGAUCGGGUUUUGAAGCGGGCACAACCCAGCGUAUUGUUGGCGGCUGAUGCCUCAUUAGAAUGGGGAUUCUCACGACAAGCUCUUGAGAGCGUUGCUGGGGAUUCGCGAAAUCUCAUCAUUCUUACUGAACUCGAUUCAGCUCAAGACAAAGACAGUUCCAGCAUUGCACAGCAGCUAAACGGACUGCUGCGGGAGACUGCACAUAUUGAGAGCAGCAGCGGUGCAAGAAUCGUCAACUUGGACGGACAGCAGCUGCAGUUAAGGACCGCAUCCACCGAGGCUCUCGCUCAAGAUGAGGAAUUGUUGCAUCAGCAAUUUCAGGCGCGACAAAGGCAAAUGCACAGUAACUUGCAGGGUGACAAUGCUGCCAAUGACACAGCCAUGGCAGAAAUUGCCGACGAUCAGGCCUCAGACGACUCUGAAUCUGAAGAUGAGAACGACGAUCCAGAACACCAGGGACGAGCGUUGAACGCAUCCGCCCAACUGACACAAAGCAACAAACGGAAAGUCGGACUCACUGAUGCCGAACUGGGUAUCAACGUUCUGCUCCGCAGCAAACAUGUACAUGAUUAUGAUGUACGAAACAAGCGUGGCCGAGAGAAGAUGUUCCCGUUCGUCGCUCAUCGGCAAAAGGCGGAUGACUUUGGAGAUAUCAUCAAACCGGAAGAAUAUCUCCGCGCUGAGGAACGUGAUGACGUCGACGGAGUUGACAUCAAAGGCGGUGCGGCGAAUCAAGAGUCGCUCGCUCUGGGUCAGAAACGCAAAUGGGAUGACUCAAGGACUGGCGUCUCCAAGGAAAAACGUGCGCACAAGGAUUCUCCGAUCAAGAAACCUCGAACGGACCGACAGCCUGAUGAUAUCGAUGCGCUCAUCGCUAGAGCGACCGGCGAGAGUGGCGAAGGUGCCGAUGCUGCGAACGGUGCCCGAGCGGGAUCCGAAAGCGACAAUGAAAGCGAAAGCGAUUACGAGCCUGAUGACGGGGCAGAUGAUGUGCCGAAGAAAGUUAUAUUCACUCCACGAACGCUCAGCUUGCAGCUGAAGGUCGCCUUUGUGGAUUUCGCAGGUCUUCACGAAAAGCGGGAUUUGCAGAUGUUGAUACCACUCAUACAGCCACGGAAGCUGAUCCUGACAUCAGGUAACGCAUCCGAAACCCGGACAUUGGCGGAUGAGUGUACACAGCUUCUAGCUGGCGGCAACAAGGCUGUGGACAUACUUACGCCGGUGAAUGGUGAAACCGUAGACGCUAGUGUGGAUACCAAUGCCUGGACCCUAAAACUCGGCCGAUCACUGGUCAAGAAACUCCUGUGGCAGAACGUCAAAGGUCUCGGCAUUGUUGCUCUUACUGCCCGGCUCGACGUGGAAGCCAUUGAGGACCCGGUCAACGCCGCGGACGAGAAUGUCAAGAAGAAGAUGCGCCUCAUCAAGGGUGAAGCAGAGGGAGACGAGCACGACCUCACACAGGGGAACCCAACCGACGAAGCAACAUCUGUGGCCCCUAAGAACACCGCCGAAUCCAUCAAACCCCUCCCCUCCAUCCCAGUUCUCGACGCCCUCGACAGCACCACGUCCACCUCCCUCUCGACUUCCACAGCACAGCGCCUCACCACCCAACCCGUACACGUCGGCGACCUCCGCCUGGUGGAUCUCCGCCGCAUGAUGUUGGCCUCAGGCCACACCGUGGAAUUCCGUGGCGAAGGCACUCUCCUCAUCGACAGCACCCCGGCCAUGCUCUACCACGGCGCCCCACCGCCGUACGUCGCGAUGCAGUUCUACCCGGCGAACACGUUCGUUCCAGUGCCUCCUCCCGGAGCACUCGCUCCGAGCCCAAGACCGCCUCCGCCCAUGCCGCAAACGCUCAUUGCAAGCAGAAAGCGGAACCCAAACCACCCACCGGCGCUGAGACCUGGCAUGAACUACAUGUUCGGCCCGGAACAUACGCACCUGCACAUCUUCGGCAAAGCAUCCAAGAUCUGGAAGGACAGAUACCACGGCCAGGCCCACAAAUUUAAGCAAUUCAAAGUCUCGACCACCCUCACUGUCCAAAAUGUCAUCUCCAACGUCCUCAACAACACAGAUCCAGAGUACUGCAAAGGCUGGGCGGUAACGGAAGUCACCGAACUAGGUUCGAUGGUGUGGAAGAAGGGUUCGCAGAUCACGUUUUCAAGCGACAAGGCGAAGAAGACGCUCAAGGACGUUGGUUGGGAUAGUUCCCGUGGUGUCGGCCGGCCUCCGGUUUGGUUGGUUGUUCACCAGGUCUGA